UGUCCAAACAAAAAGUCCUUAGUUAAAGGGUUGGAACAUUUUCUUCUCAGCUGAUUUAGACAGCCAUUUUCCCGAGAGGGACGCCGAGCGUGAUCGAGAGUGUAAAUACACCUGUUGCAUUUAAUACCAAUGUGCGCAUAAUGAGUUCGAGAUCAGAUAAACAUGAUGAGCAUAGCGAAACUACUAUUAAAGCUGAAAUUCGGAAAACACUACUCUCUAUUAAUGACACAACGCACAAAAUAAAAAGUGAACUUGAUGCAAUUAAUGUUCUUACUAAGAAAAAUGGACAACUCCAUAUAGGAGUAACUCAUGCAAAUGAAGUAUUGACCAAAGUGGCCAAAGACAUGAACAUAAGCAAAAUUGAAAACCUUUUAAAUGAUGAUGAAGAAGAUAAUGAAGCACUACCUCAUUUUGGAAAUGUCUUUUCUUCAUCUGCCUUUCAAGAAAAGAUAUUGCAAUGUUUAAAUGAUGUAUAAUUAUAAAUUUUAUUACUAGGUCUUUUGUGUAUAUAUUUUUAAGAAGCAACAUAAUUAUUUUGUAGAAAAAUACAGAAAAUAUGUACAAAUUUGAUCUGUAUUACUCGUGAACAAUACCUUUUUAUACAAUGAAUAAAUUUAAAGCUUUGAUUCUGUUAACCAA